AUGGCGACAGUGGAGCGUGUCUUGGCGGAGCUGAUGCGGCUCAAUGAGGAAAAUGUGGCACCUUUUACUGGUUCUAUGUCACAAUCUUCAUGUAAUUCAUCUCUUGGCCAAUUCUCCAUCGUCUCUGCAUCGUCCUUAGCCCCCGAAGCGGUUAAGAUUGUACCCUACCGUAGCCCCACGGAUACUUUCGCUGCGUCACCUUUUGCGUUACCGCAAGUACGUCUCACAUCGCCGUAUGGAGAUAGAUCAGUAGUACAAAGAGAUCUGGAGAAGUUUGCGAAUCCUGUGUUUGCUUUGGAGCGCCUGGGACCCUUUCCUCGUGGCUGGGGAAGCAGUGACCCCACGACGACCACGAAGAAGAAGGUUAUGAUUCUACAAAGCCGUCUCUUACCACAGAUGCCCAUGUCUGCACCUCGAAAUUUGCUGCGUCCUACAUAUAAAUCGAUGGUAAAAGAUCCUUUGAAGCUUCAAUACGAGCUUCGAGCGGCAGACGUUUCUAAUGUUGAAGCAGGCGCAGGAUUUAGCAGCGCACUGAGCAAGCAGGAUGAGUACGCUCGAGGAAAAAUGAGCAAUAAGCCGUUCUUGCCCGGUGGUAACUCGCUGGUGGAGCUAAACACAGAGGAGAAAGAGGAACAAAUGAAGCCCAUGCAACGAUUGCUACUAAAAGAAGAGGAGCAGAACCGGAAUAUGCUUGUGCUGGGAAACAACAAAAACAUGGAUGACAAAUUGUUGGAGUGUCUGGUGUUUGAUGUGCCUGGCAUUAAUGGCUGUUUGAGUGCAGCAGAUGUGAAAAAGAUUGAGAAAAAAGAUAGUGAAGAGGAGGUGCAGGAGGAAACUGAGACCGUGGGAGUGAACCCCAAGUUACUGCUCUUACCUUACAUCGAAGCUGCAGCCGAUAAAGAUCAUAUGGCUGCAAUUCAGAGUGCUAUCUUGGACAGGAAGGCCGCAAAUGCAAUGAGACAAAAUGAUGAAAUUACAACAGUUGGACUCGACCAGUUGCUGCGUGAUGUGGAGAGCGAUAGAGAACUUAUCGAGUUGGGUUUUGGGAUUGAAGAAGAUGAGCAAGAAACUGUACAAGACAAUAAGCAGAAUGAAGUUGGCUCAGAGCUGGUGGAUGUAACAGCCAAGGCAAUAGAAUUUGUGGAUGGGCUUGAUGAGGAGGGUACUGAUGAAGAUUUUGUUGAAGACCCGGCAACCAUACUGGAGUCAAUUCUUGAUUCAGCUUCCAAGUCGACCAAAAUUUUAAGCUUGCAUAAAAAAACAGACUAUAUAUCGGAAUGGGCAAGCAUAGUAAGCAUCGAUGUGCGCAACUUCCAUGAGAAGGUCCCGGAAAUGGCGAUGAAAUACGACUUUGAACUGGACGUGUUUCAAAAAGAAUGCGUCAUUCACUUAGAACGGCAUGAAUGUGUGUUUGUGGCUGCACAUACGUCUGCUGGUAAGACUGUUGUUGCGGAAUAUGCCAUUGCGAUGUCUCAGAAGCACAUGACUCGAACCAUUUACACAUCGCCCAUUAAAGCGCUUUCGAACCAGAAGUACCGCGACUUCCGCACCAAGUUUGGUCCUGACAAUGUUGGCUUGAUUACAGGCGAUGUUAGUAUUAACCCUGACGCAAGCUGUCUUGUCAUGACAACGGAAAUCUUACGUUCGAUGUUGUAUCGAGGCGCGGAUAUUAUUCGCGAUAUUGAGUGGGUUAUCUUUGAUGAAAUUCAUUACAUUAAUGAUAGCGAACGUGGAGUAGUAUGGGAGGAAGUGAUUAUAAUGCUUCCCGAACACAUUGGUAUGGUGUUUUUGUCGGCAACCACUCCAAACCACUUGGAAUUUUCAGACUGGAUCGGACGUACGAAGAAGCAUAAAAUUCACGUAAUAUCGACUAACAAGCGGCCCGUUCCUCUUCAACACUUCCUUUAUGCUGGAAAGGAGUUAUUUAAGCUGUAUGAUGCCACUUCUGGGUAUCUUCCAAAUGCUCAUGGUGCAGCUAAGGCAAAACUUUACCCUGUGUUAGACAAAUCAAAGGCAGGUGGUCGAGGCAGUGCAGCCAUAUCUCAGGGAGGUGGUAGUAGUGCGAACGUACGUAGCAUUCGCAAGUCGGGAGGUGAUCAAGGAGAGUGGACGAAACUUAUUAACACUUUGAAGGAUAAAGCACUUCUUCCGGUGGUAGUGUUUGCCUUUAGCAAACGUCUGUGCGAGGAAAGUGCAAGCAAGUUGGCCAAGCUUGAUAUGAGCACGCCAUCGGAGCGGUCUGAAAUUCACCUUUUCCUUGAGAAUAGUGUGCAUAGACUUCAAGGAUCCGACCGUGAGUUGCCACAGGUGCUAACAAUGAAAGAAAUGCUCAAACGUGGCGUUGGUGUUCACCAUGGUGGCCUGCUCCCGAUUAUCAAGGAGAUGGUCGAAAUUUUAUUCGGCCGAGGUCUUGUCAAGGUACUGUUCUCAACAGAAACGUUUGCAAUGGGUGUGAAUAUGCCUGCGCGUACGGUUAUCUUUAAUGGCAUUCGUAAGCACGAUGGUAAGAACUUUCGAGACCUUUUGCCUGGCGAGUACACACAGAUGGCUGGUCGAGCUGGUCGUCGUGGUCUGGACUUGGUUGGUACCGUUAUCAUUGCAUGCUGGAACGAUGUUCCCGAGCCCACAUCGCUGAGAACAAUGCUAGCAGGAAAGGCAACAUCACUUUCCAGUCAGUUCCGCCUGACAUACAACAUGAUUUUGAACCUUUUACGAGUGGAGGUGCUGACGGUGGAGGAUAUGAUGAAGCGCUCUUUUUCAGAAUUUCACACACAAAAGGCUCUUGCGUCGAAGAAUAUUCCCAAAUUAAUUCAGAAGGGCAAGAAACUGCUUCAGCAACUUGAGCGGUCCCUUGUUGAAGAUUAUCCGCACUUGGAGACGAGCGGACAGUUUGCACAGAUGCAGGGAUUUUAUCAGCUAAAGCGCGAUAAGCGUGAACUGGAAAAGAUUUUGACAAAGUGGCUGCUUGCAAACAACAUUCAAGCCGCCAAAAAUGCAAUUGCGCCUGGACGGAUUGUAGUUAUCAACGUGAAAGGGCUGUCGUCUGGACAAUUGGCACUAGUGGUGCGUACGAAUGCUGCUUUGGUGGGUGAGGGUGGAUGUGCUAGGUCAAAGCGUUCGUUUGAAAUCGAUCUUCAAAAAUCAAGUGUUACCGACGGAGGAUACAGGGGAGUAUUCAAGUCAAUUAUGGUCAUAACUCUAUGCCCAGACGACUACCAGCCUCCAAAGGUGGAAAACCUAUCAGCCUCCACGAAGAGCUGUCGCACUGUCUUGGACAGCGGGCGUAUGUUGCGUAGCAAGAGGUAUGAUGAUGACGACUGUGUGUUUGGAAGAGUGGUCAUGCAAGAAAAAUCAAAAACCCAAGAGAGCUCUGAGCUCAUGGCUCCCUCCACGGCUACGCUCUUAGGAAUAAAGUACGCCGUGCUGGAAGUUCCUGAAAGCUGUCUUGAGAGUAUCACCUCUGUUGUAGCAUCGAGUGUAAAUACUAAAACGCUCGUGGCCUUCUCAUCAAAGAAGGAGCUCGCCAGUAGUAUUGAGUUCCUGGUCAAUGACCUAGAAGUCGUGACAGGCUACACCCAGUGGCAGCAGUUGUACUCGAAGGUACUUAGCCAUCCUUGUGCAACGGACUCAUCUUCAGUUUCUCGUGUUAUGGGCAAAGUAGAGAAAAUUAUCAAGCUGAAGGCCUAUUUGGCACAGCUGACUCGAGAGCUGUCAAAUGAUUCGUUGUCGCUCUUCCCUGACUUUCAACAGCGACUGAGUGUGUUGAAAAGACUCGGUUACAUCUCGGACGAUGGUGUCGUGCAGAUUAAGGGUCGGGUUGCGUGCGAAAUCAAUACGUGCGAAGAGCUAGUAUUGACAGAGAUGAUUUUUGAAAAUGUGCUAGCCAACCUGGAGCCUGAAGAGAUUGUUGCCGUGCUUUCUGCGCUUAUCUUUCAAGAAAAAUCACUGUCUGAGCCUACGCUCACCCCUACACUGGAGAUAACUCGUGAUGUGGUCAAGAACAUUGCGGAAGCACUUGGUCUCAUCCAACUGGAGCAGCGACUGGACAUUGACCCUGCGGUCUACUGCAAAGGUGCUCUCAACUUCGGUUUAAUGGAAGUCGUAUAUGAAUGGGCAAGAGGAAUGCCAUUCAAACAACUAUGUGAGCUCACAGACGUCCAAGAAGGCUCUAUCGUUCGCUGCAUUACGCGUCUGGAUGAAGUUUGUCGUGAAGUACGCACUGCUGCCCGCGUUAUUGGUGACCCGCAACUUUACCGCAAGAUGGAAGUUGCCUCUGAGGCCAUCAAGCGUGACGUUGUGUUCGCCAGCAGUUUGUACCUGUCUUAG